AUGCCCCUGAGUAGCUCCAGCACCAGGACUCAUCGGAGAAUUCUGUCAGAGUCGGAUAUCGUCCAGCCAAGGCCAAUGUUUCGCAAGUUCUGCCUCGAUGUCCUCUCUGCCACCUUGCUGUCGCCUUCGGUCAUCCUCCUCUCACUCAAGUACAUUCAGCAACUGAUGGUCAAUCUCAAGGAAAACAACAAGACACCCUCCACCGGAGAAGGCUCCGAGUUCCGGCUCUUUACUGGAGCCCUGAUCCUCGCCAACAAGUUCCUCGAUGACAACACCUUCACCAAUAGGACCUGGGCCAACAUCACCGGGAUCACCGUCAAAGAAGUCAACUACAUCGAACUUCAGUUCCUUCAGGGCAUCGGAUUCAGGCUCUUCACCCGCUCCUACGACUACUCAGAGUGGCUCGCCAGUCUCACCCACUUUACGGGUAAUUACAUGCCUUCCCAGUACCUUGUCGCCUUUCAACAACAGACAGUCGCUGCGCUCUCCCCCAUCUCCCCCUUGGAUCCCACUACUUCAUCAGAGACAGUCAUGCCUACCCCCGAAACUGUCGCUGGAGAUUUGACAUUGUCUACACCGCCACCUAUUAUGCAGCUGCAGCAGCAAGAUCGCAGAUCAGCCUACGGAUCGGCAUGUGUCGGUCGUUCUACUAGCCAAAGACAAGGUCAAGGGAUCGAUCAAAGCAGUUAUCGCUCGGAGACUCCGAUAUCACUGUCCGCCGGAGGAGGAGCAGCAGCAGGUCAACCAGCCGGAGCAGGACAAACAGCAGGACCUGUCGGAGCAGCAACCGGAUCGAUCCUCCCCCAAUACACAAACUCGGCAAAACAGGUUCAGCACAGACAUUCGUCUGGAUACCACCUCCAGAGAGUGGCUCCCGCAGACCUUACGACAGCCAUCACCACCACUCAUCCUCACUCAACUACCACUUCGGCGACACCCUCUUCUUCAUUUUCGUUCUACCAGACCCAACCACAUCUCGCCAUGGAUAUCAGGCAACAACAGCAGCCCUCUACAUAUAUGGGGUCGUAUCAGGGAUCAUCCGCCCCAUCGUCCUCAACCUGGUCGUCGCCUUCUGCGAGUAGCACUCCCUAUUCUUACCAACAACAGCAGCACCAGUCCCGGUAUCUGGAGGCGCCUUCUCACCCUGCUCCUCGCAAACGGUCUGCUACGAUUGCAUUUGACGAGAUCAUGGAUCAAUCACCCGGUUACGAAUCGUCUGGCUCCGGAGCGGCUUCACAGUUGAACCUCCCCACUUCGACACCAGUCUCGGGACCCUCUCACAAGCGAGUCUCUUCCAGCUCGUCGAUGGUCCAUAUGAUGGGAGAGCUCUCUACAGGCGCACCGACUAUGUUCCAGGCAGGAUACUCUCCCGUCCAGCAGACUUCCCGGGUCUCUAACCGUCACCAACAGCAUUUGACCCAGGCUACAGCCACGGUUCCUUCGCAGCGUGUCAGUACCGGGACUAUGCCAGCACCUUACCGUGGUCAGCAUCAUCGCAAUGCUUCGGGAAGUCAUUGCAUUGACAUUUCGGGAUACUCGUCGAUUGCUCGUGAGCCUGCCCAUAUUGGCGCUGUUCCAUCUCAAGCUGGAAAGAUGUACCCGUUGGAUCAGGAGAAAGACCGCCAGUCGUUCUAUCGUUCCUCACCUUCGUACUAUCUCCCCAGCCAACAACAGCACCAUCGUCAUUCGGCAGCUAUGGGAGGUCACUACGAAUACUCGGCAGCAGCAGCCGCGGCGGCGGCUAGGACCCCACCCUACUUCUCUUCGCCCUCGCGAGAGUAUCACUACCAGCACCAACAACAACAGCACCAUCGCUCAUCAGGCAACUUUUAUGUGCCAGAGUACCGGGAUGUCGAGAUGCGAGGUUUGUCAGCUGCAGCAGGUGGUAGUGCAGUAUCGUCGCCAUACUACGAAAUUGAUCCCCGAUUCUGGGCUCCUUUGGACAACUUGUCGUUGUACGCCAUGUCGACCCAGGCUGCCAAACGUGUCUUUGCCCAGAGCAAGGCCCUCGCCGCCUCGACCAACGGUCUCUCCGCCUACUAUCCCACCACUCCCGCAUAG